GUUUUGGUUAAAAGUCAAAACAUAACCAUGUGUUGUAUCAAAUACUCGCAAACCACUGACAAACUAAAUCCGAUUCACUUACAUUGUAUUUUCAAUACUAGCGAUCGAUUCGUUUAUUUAUUCAAACAUAAACUUAUAUCAAAGUUAUUAUAUAACUAAGUGUUUAUUGAAUUGCCUUCAAUAACUUUGGCUUAACAUUGUGCUCAACAUUACAAUACUCUUCGAAAAUUAAGACCAUUUUAACGGAAUCGGUUGAACCAAGAAAAUCAUUAUAUCAGAUAUUUUCAAAUAUUUUGGCACAAAAUCUGGUGAAAAUGUUAGAAACGAUACAGAACUUCGUGAGCAAUGUCUCGACGUCUCUAAACUCAAACUCGUGGAUAUACUCGACCCAAGAGGCCAAAAAUCCGAGUUCUCCACCCGUUUGCUGGAAAAGUCUAAAACAAUACACUCUGUCCGAAGUGGCCGAACACUUCCACUACAACGACUGUUGGCUCGUUGUCUAUGAUCUGGUCUAUGAUGUGACCGUUUUCCUCAAUGAACAUCCCGGAGGAGAGUAUAUAGUGAUGGAGAACGCCGGACGUGACGCCACCCUUGCAUUCAGAGGGUCUCGUCAUAGCAAAGAUGCCUUCGAUAUGCUCGACAAAUACUGCAUCGGAAUCCUCGUCGAAACGGAGAGAAUAUACACGCCUUCCGACGAUGAACUGGCUCUUCAGAGUGACUCUUGAUUACAAAACUAUAGAAACUAUUUUGUCGGUUGUGUCACUCAUUUGUAUUUAAAGUUCAUUGAUUUCAUACAAAUUAUAUAAAUAUUGUAUAAUAUAUUUAUAUCUUAUCAAUAAUUAUUUAUUUAUUUUUCUAUUAAAC